UUCUUGAUUUUAUUCCAACUUGCCCGUCGUGGCCAAAACUACGGAGUUCGAAUGUUUAUGAUUUGUAAACCGAAAUCGAUCUCACACGGACAGUGUCGACUCCAGUCCACCACUUCGACCCCUGGCUUCAAAAUGGAUCCCGACUGCUUUGCGAUGUCCUCGUACCAGUUCGUCAACUCGCUGGCCUCCUGUUAUCCGCAGCAGAUGAAUUCGCAGCAGAAUCACCCGGGGGCGGGCAACUCGAGUGCGGGCGGCAGCGGUGGCGGGGCGGCCGUUAGCGGGGCCGUGGUGCCCAGUGGCGGUGCAAAUGGAAGUCAGGGCAGUGCGGGGGCGGGCACGCCGGGAGCGAACGAUUAUUUCCCAGCCGCGGCGGCCUAUACGCCCAACCUGUACCCAAACACGCCGCAGGCCCACUACGCCAAUCAGGCGGCCUACGGCGGACAGGGAAAUCCGGAUAUGGUGGACUACACGCAGCUGCAGCCGCAGCGACUGCUCCUGCAGCAGCAGCAGGUGCAACAGCAACAGCAGCAGCAACAUGCGCAUGCAGCGGCAGCAGUCGCUGCCCAGCAGCAGCAGCAACUCGCCCAGCAGCAACACCCGCAACAGCAGCAGCAGCAGCAAGCAAACAUCAGUUGCAAGUACGCCAAUGAUCCAGUGACGCCGGGCGGAAGUGGGGGCGGCGGGGUUCCCGGUGCUAGCAACAACAACAACAGCGCCAACAGCAACAACAACAACAGCCAGUCGCUAGCCAGUCCACAGGAUCUGUCCACCAGGGACAUUUCGCCAAAACUGUCGCCCAGUUCAGUGGUGGAGAGCGUGGCCCGAUCACUGAACAAGGGCGUCCUGGGCGGAAGCUUGGCGGCCGCCGCUGCCGCUGCCGGUUUGAACAACAACCACAGCGGAUCGGGUGUGUCCGGAGGUCCUGGGCACGUCAAUGUUCCGAUGCACAGUCCGGGGGGCGGGGACUCGGACUCCGAGAGCGACAGCGGCAAUGAGGCGGGCAGUAGCCAGAACAGCGGCAACGGAAAGAAGAACCCGCCGCAGAUAUAUCCGUGGAUGAAGCGAGUGCAUCUCGGGACGAGUACUGUGAAUGCCAAUGGCGAGACGAAACGACAACGGACCUCAUACACCCGCUACCAGACGCUGGAGCUGGAGAAGGAGUUCCACUUCAACCGCUACCUGACCCCGCGCAGGAUCGAGAUCGCGCACGCCCUGUGCCUCACGGAGCGGCAGAUCAAGAUCUGGUUUCAGAACCGGCGCAUGAAGUGGAAGAAGGAGCACAAGAUGGCCUCGAUGAACAUCGUACCCUACCACAUGGGUCCAUAUGGCCACCCGUACCACCAGUUCGAUAUCCAUCCGUCGCAAUUCGCGCACCUGAGCGCAUAGGACGCGUGGCACUUUUCGGGUACUGGUUAGAGACUCAAUCAGUUGUAUCAGGAACCAUAUCAGACGGCGGCGGCGGCCUCGGCGGCCAGUGGUUAUCAGUCGCAGGACGGUGGUCCAGUGGGUGGUGGCUCGGUAGGAGUGGGUGGCGGUGCGGUGCCGGGCUCGCUGGCCAACGGUGGCAGCAAUGGCAGCGGUCCCAACUCCCUCUUCUCCUCCGCCGCCUCCAGCUCCCAGGCUCCCGACUGUAUCAAGUAUCCGCAGGAGUUCUGAUCUCAGGUUAUCAUCAGGCAGCAGCAGCAGCAGGAUAAUUUCAUUGAUCGGAAUCAGGAACGGGACCUCAAGCAGCUUUUGGUGUCGGACUGUGAGCCCGAUCCAGAGCUGCAACUGGAGUUCAAGGCGGACAUUGUCGAAUGCAACUUGUUCUGCUGCUGAGCUCUGUCCGCCUGCCACGCCCCUGCCGCCUCAUGCCUGCCG